AUGCGAGUUCUACCGCAAAGGCUUGGGAAAGCCAAGCCAUCGUUCCUCCUGUUACUGGUUCUGGUCAUCGCUAUUGCUGUUCAAGUGUCUGCCGUACCGGCGGACGAUCCAACAUCGGAUACUACCGAUGCCGCUAGGACCACCGACGAUCCCUCCACCACCGAACGCACCUCUACCGUGAGUGAGACCACAACAUCUUCAACCACUUCCACAUCGGAGCCAAGGUCCACUACCAGCACCGCCUCCUCUUCUACAAGCACAAACAUGGAUGAAACCACCACGUCCUCCGUUUCCUCCACAACGUCCGACGACAGUACGACAACGUCCGUCUCCACGACAACAACAUCAACAUCCACCCCCACAAACAAUUCCACCAUUGUGACGAUACCCCCGAUAGCCAACGCCCCAUAUAUGAAAGAGAGCAGCGCUCCCGAAGGCACAGUGUUCAUCGCCGUCGGCGCCGCGCUAGGGCUAAUCGGCCUGACUCUGCUCGCCUGGCGCGCAAUGGUCGCAUGGUCCGUAAACCGCUCAGUGCGACGCGCCGCCGUACUACACGCCUCAGAAAACAAGCGCCUCCUCCGCGGCAGCAGAAAGAAGCGAUCGGUCCCCUACUCCGCCGCCCCGGUCGCCGACGUGUCCCUCGAAAAACUCGGUGCUGCCACUCGCGCAAGCUACAAGCCCAAUCGGGCCUCAACCACGAACAGCGGUCUUUUCUUUUCGCCUACCGCAGGUGGUGGUCCAGCCGGGUCUCAUUCCAAUCUGCACGCUACAGGAAGUACGGGAAAUCGUGGCUCAACAUACCUGCCUGCUGGAUACUAUGCUGCUGCCAGUACCUCGCACCCCGCUGCAAGUGCAGAGCGUCCGUACUCGCCCAAUCCUGCCCUUUCGUCACCUUCCCUGCCUCCUGUUGGCGUCUACCAUGAUUCGCAUAAUCAGCGCCAGUCUUAUGCGGCUGCCUCGACGAGUUCCUUGAACCUGAACCAGGCGCCGCAGGGUCGAGCCCCUAGUGCAUACCUUGAGGAUCUGUUUGAGGGCCAUGUUCCUCACAGCUCUGAUUCGGGCCGUCGGUAA